UAUCUACUUCCUUUUUAAAAAGCAAGCCACCCCACUUUUUCAUACUCUCUCCUUUUUUUCUCUUCUUCACCUUCUUAAAUUGUUUCAAGGAAAUUAUUAUUCUGUCUCUGAAUAAAUCAGGAUUUUCCAUUUCUUCGCUACCUUGCAUCUGAUCCUAGAAUCUUCAAAUCCCCAUUGCUUAUUUUUCUUUUUUAGUUACAUCCCUUUAUGUAUUUACAUGAUCUCUGAGCUGGGUUUGGACUUAUUUUCUUUUUAUGGUAGUUAGUUUGGAAUAAUGACGAGGGUAAGCCGUGAUUUUGGAGGUACUAUGCAGAAAGAUGCUGUCCCAGCUGUAUCAGCUGACGUUGUGUUUGCUUCAAGUCGCUUUCCUAAUUACAGACUUGGAGCAAACAGUCAGAUUCUGGAAGCAAAGGAUGACCCAAAAGUACUUUCCAUGAAGGAGGUUGUUGCUCGUGAGACUGCAAUGCUUUUGGAGCAGCAGAAACGCCUCUCUGUCCGAGAUCUUGCCAGUAAAUUUGAGAAGGGGUUGGCUGCUGCUGCUAAAUUGUCUGAAGAGGCCCGACUCAGAGAGGCAGCUUCAUUGGAAAAACAUGUUCUUUUGAAGAAGCUUAGAGAUGCACUAGAAUCCUUAAGAGGGCGUGUGGCAGGCAGAAACAAGGAUGAUGUAGAAGAAGCUAUUGCAAUGGUGGAAGCUUUAGCUGUUCAACUGACUCAAAGGGAAGGAGAGUUGACUCAAGAAAAAGCAGAGGUCAAGAAGCUAGCUAAUUUUCUUAAGCAGGCUUCAGAAGAUGCCAAGAAACUUGUUGAUGAGGAAAGAGCUUUUGCGCGUGCAGAGAUUGAGAGUGCUAGAGCAGCAGUUCAGAGGGUGGAAGAAGCCCUUCAGGAGCAUGAACGGAUGUCUCGAGCUUCAGGGAAGCAGGACCUGGAGGAAUUAAUGAGAGAGGUUCAAGAGGCUAGAAGGAUCAAAAUGCUGCAUCAGCCAAGCAAGGUUAAGGACAUGGAGCGUGAGCUACAAGCGUUGAGGAUUCAACUUGCAGAGAAGUCUAAACGUUCUAUUCUACUUCAGAAAGAGUUGGCAAGGAGCAAGAGAGCUGAGCAGAAUAUAUCCCAAUCAUAUGAAUUAGAUGGCUCUGAAGCUUUAGGUUCCUAUUUAUGGAUCAAUCCUUGCUCUGAUAAUGCUCCAGAACUUUCUAAGUGUUCAAUUCAGUGGUAUCGAGUGUCAUCUGAAGGUGGCAAGAAGGAACUUAUAUCAGGAGCAACCAAAUCAGUUUAUGCUCCAGAACCUUUCGAUGUUGGACGAGUACUACAAGUGGAAAUUAUUGCUGAUGGACAGCAAGUCACAUUGACUACCACUGGUGCAAUUGAUCCUGCCGCUGGUCUGGGGAGCUAUGUGGAGGCACUUGUGCGGAAACAUGAUGUUGAAUUCAAUGUAGUUGUUACCCAGAUGAAUGGUGUAGAUCAUGAAUCAGAAUCAAUUCAUGUGCUUCAUGUGGGAAAGAUGAGGAUGAAGCUUUGUAGAGGAAAGACAACAGUUGCUAAAGAGUACUACUCCACUUUAAUGCAGCUAUGCGGAGUUAGAGGAGGUGGGAAUGCUGCAACGCAGGCCUUAUAUUGGCAAGUGAACAAAGGGCUUUCCUUUGUGUUAGCAUUUGAAUCAGAGAGGGAAAGAAAUGCAGCUAUUAUGCUUGCAAGGAGGUUUGCCUUUGAUUGCAAUAUCAUGCUUGCGGGGCCGGAUGACCGAUCUCCCUUAGGAACAUAAAUGACUCCCUUGGCAUUCCAUUUUCACUAAUUGUAAUUAUUAUGCUGAGUUCCAUCUUGGUGUUAUAUAGGUUUGUAAUAGUAGGAUUUGGCAUGUCCUAUUGUGUUAUGGGCUUCCACCAUUCUUUUCUCCUUUGAUUUCUUCCUUUCUUUCUUCUCCAAUCCCAACACCAAGGCAUGUUUUUUUGUUUGCCCUUUUUGUCUGAGUGUAACAUAAAUUUCAAUUACAAAUGGAGAUUGAUUGAUUGAUUGAUUGAUUGUAAUACCUGUUAAAAAUAACAGCAGAUGUUGCAGGAUUUAUGUAUUAUGACUAAUACAUGAUUGAUGUCUGCUAUAAGAGAAGGUUUUGCUUU